AGCACAUUAAUAGUUUUAUUAACGAUUAACCAAUAUUUCUAUAAUAAUUAACCAUUGAACCAUCGACUACUAACUUUUCUGUUUCACCGCCAUUGUGCUUUUGUCUUGUUUGGUUACCAUUUCAUUUCCAACCACACAGUUACCACUAUUAAUACUGAACUCUCUGCCCUCCAACUUCCUUUUACCUCUGAUUCUUUGCUUCAUCUCUAUCUCUUCCUUCCUUGAUGGGCCAAUCCACUUCUUCCUGCUCCGUCGCCCCUUCUUCCAUCGCCGCCGCCGCUACCACCACCUCCGCCGCCACCAAAUGCCAACCCCACCCCUCACCUCCUACCGCCACCGUCCCCCGCAAAAAGCGAAAACCCAGCCACCUCCCGGCCGCCGCCGCCGCCAACGACCACACCCUCUCCCUCCCCGACGAAUGCCUCGCCACCGUCUUCUCCAAGCUCGGCUGCCACGACCGCAACUCCUGCUCCCUCGUCUCCAAGCGCUGGAGCUCCGUCGACUCCGCCUCCCGCCACCGCCUCGUCCUCCUCUCCCCCGCCGAAAUCUCGCCUUCCCUCCCUUCCCUCCUCAACCGCUUCACUUCCCUCACCGUCCUCUCCCUCAAAUGCUCCCGCAAAUCCCCCAGCAUCGACAACGAUUCCUUCGCCCAAAUCUCCCGCUUCCUCAAUUCCCUCCAGAAAAUCAAGCUCAAGGGCUGUACCCACAUCUCCGACGACGGCCUCGUCGCCUUCUCCGCCAAUCGCCCUUCAAAACUCUCCAAGGUGUCUUUCGCCUCAUGCGGUUUCGGCGCGAAGGGGAUCAAUUCCAUGCUCACCAACUGUUCGAUAAAAGACCUCACUCUCAAGCGCCUCCGCAAGCUCGACACUCGCACCUCCCACCUCGAAUACCCCGACGGCAGUUUCGGCGCCGGUAAGUUGCUGGUGAGGCUCUGCAUCAAGGAUCUCCACAACGCUGGGGUUUUUACCCCUUUGCUUUCAUCUUGUUCCAAAUCGCUGAAGACGCUCAUCGUCUGCCGGAGCUCCGGCAAUUGGGACGGAGUGUUGGAAGAGAGCUUCGGAGGAGGAGGGGAAGUUACAUCCGUGAUGGAGAUCCAAUUCGAGAGCGUCCAAUUGGGCGACCAGGGGCUCACCUCGAUCUCCACUUCCUGCCCCGACCUCCAAGCUCUGUAUCUCAGCCGCACCACCGACUGUACCGACGACGGCCUGUCCGCCGUUGCCGGGAAAUGCAAAAAGCUCCGGAAGCUCCAUAUCGACGCCUGGACCCGAUUUGGGAUCCGAACCAUCGGAGACGAUGGCGUCCACUCCAUAGCCCAGAAAUCCUCCAACCUACAGGAAAUUGUACUGAUGGGCGUCCCAAUUUCAGUCCAAACCCUCAACGCCCUGGCUUCCAACUGCCGAUCUCUUGAACGAAUGGCGCUCUGCAAUACCGACACGCUGGGGGACGCGGAGCUGGCUUUCGUCGCCGCGAAAUUCCUGCCCCUGAAGAAGCUCUGCAUCAAGAACUGCCCUGUUUCUGAACUGGGCAUCGCCGCCGUCGGGGCCGGGUGUCCUAACCUGGUGAAGCUGAAGGUGAAGCGGUGUAGAGGGAUAUCGGCGGCGAGUAUCGGGAGGCUGAAGCUGCGGAGGAGAUUGCUGGUGGUUUCGGUGGAUGAAGAUACCCCCAUGGCGUUCGAUAGUGGCGCGGAGGAGGAAGAGCGGCAGAGAGGGGUCGAGAGAAGAAGAGGAAGGGAUGGGAAUCCGAAUCAUCACGGGUUUCUGCCGGGAAAUACGAGCGGAACAACGGCGACGGCGACGGCGAAUGCGAUAUGUACGAGUAUGAGUGCUCUGUUUUUGAAGUCCAAGUUUGAGAAUGCUCUGCAUCUGAGGAGGGGAAGAAGAGGAGGAAGGAGGCAUGAUUCGUCCAUUUCUAAUGACGACAUUUUCCAGUAACAAGUUUUGCUUGCUUCUUUUCUUUUCUGCUCAUUACUUUGUGUUGAUUGAUUCCCAAAAGUUUUUGGUUUUGCGUAUUGUUUGAUUUGGAAGAGCUGUUUGUUUGUCAUUGAAAAGAAAUAUUGGAAGAAGACAAGGAUAGUUUUUGCAUGGAUUAUGUGGCUCAUUAGUUGUAGCCUAGCUUAUGUUUGUAACGUUCUAACUUCUAAGCAGUUUCAAAUGUUAAGAGCUAAGUUUGUCAAUAUGUGGGUUGAUCCCGGACCCAGUCGAGCUAGUGGGUCAAUGAUUAAUGGGUUAUUCGUUUUAGUUUGGUUUAGCCCGGAAAUAUGGAAAGAGUCAUUAUAUUAUUACUUAUCCUGAUAUAUCAAAUUUCAUCUAACAUAUGAGUUAUAACAUAUAAUACUACACCAAAAUAACAUGUCGUACUUAGAUCCAGAAAAUUCACACACACUUAUAUAACAUUAAUAUUCAAAUGUUCAACUAAGGAUUCCAAAGAUUGAGUUAAGGCGAAAAGAAAAAUCGGAAAAUAUGCGCAUUUCGCAACCCAAAGAAAAAAAUGACACAGUUUGACCUCCAACCUUGUACUUUGUAGCGCUCGACCCGACAGGUGCGUGCGGCCCGCUUUUCUCACCGGGCCAGGGUCAAAGUGGGUCGACCCGCGGGUUGACAACCUUGGUUAAGAGAGACAAUGAGCAACUAAACAUGAAUAUUGCAAAGUAUAGAUGGUAAGAAAGUGGUUAAGAUUUAUAUUUGAAUAUUUUUUUCAAUAAAUAUAGUUACUGGUAUCAGAUCGUUUGUGACAUGGUAUUAGAGUUGGUUUGUUUUUAGGUCACGUGUACAAUACUCUUCACGACUCCAGAUAUUCAUCGUUGUAUUAAAGCAAAUAGUAUUGGUGAGUUUGUGCAAACUUCAAAUACAUGAGUUGACAUUCAUUUGUAAAGGCGUGUAAGAUAAUAUGUAAUAUUCAUACAUAAUUAAUCAUCUUCCAACAACUUAUUGAGACCAGUUGAUUUACAAAAUAGAUAGAUAGAAUUUACGCAUGAAGACAUUUUGGGAUAUUGCUAUUGAACUCACAACACAACCACAAUUUGUGAGAACAUGGUCGUAAGGGCAAUGGCAGAGGAAGAGUCUAAUUGGGUGGAUCCCAAGAUAUCAAUCUACCGCUAGUUCCGCUAGUUCGGGAGUAUACAGAAAUUGAUAAAUUAGGUAUAGUAGUUAAGUGAGAAUAAAAAUUAGGGCAAUAUUUAAUAGAGAUAAUUGACCUUAUAAAUAUUUGGUGUAUGAUUCAUAAUUAUUUCUUAAUAUAUUCAUUUUUUUUAACGAACUACGAUACAAUAACAAUGGUGGAUAUGAUCCACCCAAAAACAAAUAUGUGCUUUGUCAAAUAUUAACAACAAAGUUUUCACUGAAUCACAACGAAUUUGUAAAAACACUUUGUCUCAACCAAAUAUCGAGGGAGAGUCUAACAAGGUGGGUUCUCAAGAGGAAAAUGGUAACAUAGAAAUAAUAGUUAGUUAAGAAUGAAAAUCAAUGCGCGCUUAACUGAAAUUAAUAAACCGGUCUUGUAUUCGAAUUUUGGCGACAUUGUUUGUGAUUUGGUGACCGUGCAAUGACCUGCAGAAGGAUCCGUGCAUUUUGCACAUUCUCUUUGGAACCUCGCACGCCUUACAAACUGAUAAUGACAAUUGACAAGUCAUUAUAGUAAAGAUAACAUGCAACC